AUGGCUCUUUCGGACAUGGACUUGUCCGAGUAUUACGAGUAUACCAUCACGCCAUCUGAAGUCUUCUACGACCCUUCCGAUGGCCUCUCAAUGUACACGGCCGAUUUGUCGGAGUUCUACAACCUUGACCCUUCUUCCGCCAUCUUGGAAUCCGAAUUUCCAUCCGAAUCGGACUAUGCAGGAACGUCUGAUCCGGCAGUGGUUGCUACAGAAACACAAAAUUCAGUGACGUCAUCGCAACUCUCAACAGACGAGUCAUCAACAUCUUCUCAAACAACGUUAACAUCUCGUACAACGCCACCGUCGACAUCAAACAGUCCUGAGGGCACCACGACCACACCGCCACCCUCAACGUCUUCAACGACGGCUAAACCAACAUCAGCAAAGGCAAAUAAUUCGGACAAAACAUCUUCAGCCUCGUCCCUUCUCCUCGCUCAGGGUGUGUCGGGAGCAUGUGAAGAUACCGUGAAUGUAUGUGGAAACACGAUGUUUGCCGAGAUCGACGCCGCUUCCGGUGACAACCCCGCUAUCUGCGCAGCUGUGGACAAGGCACUCGAGUGUGUGGCAACGGAGACAGCCAGCUGCGCCCUCAUGGAAAAAGCAGACAUCAUCGCUGCCAUGGACGACAUCAUCGGCGUCUACAAAGCUGCUCCGUAUAACUGCACAUUGCCCAACUCUAACAACGCCGCCUUCAACGACCCUUGUGGCGACGCCCUGUCCUACUGUCUCAACAUCUACUACGAAGCGCAGUUCACGCCGACAACAACGGGGUCUUGUCAGGAGUUUGACCGGUACCUGCUCUGCCUUCAAGCCAACACAACGGCAUGCGACGCCACCGCUCAAACGUUGAUCACGCAGACGAAGUCCGAUACCGUCACGACGAUGAACGCAGACCCCCUACUACUGCUCGGAGAUGAGAUCACAGUGUUCACCAACUGCGUAACGACCAACAACGCCAAGUGCAGUCCACGACUACAACAACAGUACAGCGGCAACGCUGUCAACCUCACCGUCACCUUCCAAGGAGACCCAUACUACUGCGGUGCUGCCAACCCCUGUCUGGAGGCGUUUAAGGGCUGUAACGCAUCGGAAAAUUUGAGACUGCCGGCUGCUGGGUGCAGCCUACUGGAGGUGUAUGACGCCUGUUUUACUACUGUAAGCCCCAUCUGUGACAGCGACAAACUGACGGAGACUACUACCGAGGUGAACACCCUCAAACAGCAGCUCACGUCGGACUUUGGAUGUGAGUAG